AUGUAUCGUAAGCUCACAGUCUCUUCUCGUGCACUUAUAACAUUAGCUCACCGGGCCAGGCACGCCAGUCCUCGAGGCGAGAAAGAGGUCGAGCCCUCUCCUGCGCUCAUGGAAGCGGAAUCUGACUCGUCUGAGUCUCUUCGACCCGCAAAACGGCGCCGAAGACCAGAGUCCGGACGUGUCUCAACAGAGGAGCCAGCUACACCCACGAAGAGGCCACGGAGACAGAGACACGCGUCCACUUCUGAUGAACAAAGCUCCGAGAAUGAGCCCAAGAUACCAGAUGAUAUUCAACUACCCGACGGCCCCAAUGAGAUGGAUCUUUUGCGUUGGGAUCUGGUGAAGAUCAUUCAUAACAAGCGGAAUGCUGCUUCACUGGAAGCCCCCACCCUGAUUCGCCUGCUCGAGGUCUUGCAACAAGAUCAUCCGUCAUACUCCGAGGAUGAACUGCAGGAAAAGGCAGAGUUUUCGGUCAUGAUACAGGAAAGAUGGGACGGGCCUACAAAAGGUGGUAAGCUCAGCAAUUCUGAUAUGCGUGCUCUAGAGUUCAUCUUAAAAGUACCAUUCAUGGAUCGCUCCGCUGUCGAUGCUCAUGAACGGGACAUUUGCCUAGGAAUAUUCACCCCCUCGAUGAGUGGCGACCGUCAGAGACCGAUGAAAAGCUGGUCCCCUGCGGGUUUAAGACUUCUCCAUCGCGUCCUAAGGAAAUCACAGCUAAACCCACGGGAUAAACAGGUUUUGAUUGAACUCAAUACUGCCCUCGAAACUGAAGUGCCCAUGAGCCGAACGACGUGGCAAAACUGCAUGAAUAUUUUGUUUCGAGACUCGGUUGCAAAGCAGGCCGGCAGGUCUACUCGAAGUCAAAUCUGCCGAUCCGAGCAUGCGAGUCAAGUCCAAGUGCCAGAACGCACCGUGCAAGCGAAGAUAUUGUCUGCACCAAAGCCAAAACAACCGACUGUCACCUCAAGACCUACAUUAUCCAAUAGUCUCUCCGAUCCUGAGCCAACCUUCCGAAUAGAACCAUCGACCGCAUUGCCACAUCCAAGGCCCACGUUUCAAUUGUCCGAGAGUCUCGCAGCCAGGUUGUUCGAGGUUUAUUGUCAUACGGACUAUCCCUUGCUGCCAAUAAUUGAUUUGCUCGUGUUCGAACCAUACCAAGACCCUUCAAAAUCUCAAGGGGGUGCCAUCGAAAACUCGCAAGCUGGGCCGUUGAAGUUCUGUCAUGCACUUGCCUGUUUGAGUUAUGGUGAUUCUCGUGUACUCAAACAUGCACCGACACUUUACCGGUCCGCGCAGGAUUCCAUGCCCUCAAUUAUGAAUUCUGGAGACAUGCUAAGUCUUGUGCAAUGCCAAGUCCUGCAGAGCCAAUAUUUGCGAGCGGUUGGGGAUUUGACUUCCGCAUGGGAAGUCAUUGGCUUGGCCAUACGGAAGGCUCAUACGUUUGGCAUCAAUGCAAAGUUGGACAAGGCCUUUGAUCCCGAUAGUACCUCCAACAAGCUAGCAGUGCGUCUCUGGCACAGCAUGCAAAUGAUGGAGCGUUCUCUGGCCCUGGAUUUAGGUGUGACGUACUGUGGAAUCGACUCUAUCUUCAACAAAGCGCCAUUCUCAGAUACGUGGGCUGAUGGUGUCCCGGGAUUGGCCGAAAAUGGCCAGGGUACAAGCAUCUGUAUUUCCAAGUUCUUUUAUGCAUCUCGCAGUCUUCACGUCAUAAUGGACGAGCUGGUUGAUUUCGAAGAAGAGGUACGACUCUCCAACGGUCAAUGCGCCCUUCAGAAGAUCAAGGAGGCGGACCUCCGAGACUUCCUGAACAUGGAGACUAGACUGGAAAGUUGGUACGAAUCACUGCCUACUGUUCUACAAGAUCCUACUGCUCUACGGGACAAGUUUCAGUCCGAUAGCCCCAGUCCAUUGAUUGGUAGGCUACGUAGCCGUCUGCUUAUGCGAUACCUCUAUUUCAAAAUUCGUCUCUACCGACCGCUGUUGAUUCUUGGUGUUGCCCUUUCCGUUAGUUGUGCUUGUGGUUCAGGACCUCAUAUGAGACGCCAAAACAAAUAUGGAAAACAUGGCUUGUCCAUCCUUACGAUCAUCCGGAAUGCUUCCUCCAAAUGCCUGAAUCUUGCUGCACAACUUACAGAUCUGUUGUGGCAAUGCAAGGAAUCCGCGUCCCUACCAAUCGACGCGUUGGCAUGCGAAUACGCCCACUAUGCAUAUGCCUGCGGUCUGGCCAUAAUCGCAGCUCGUGGUCUUCGUUUUAUCUCUACCGACAGUAAGGACAAAGAAGUACGAGUCUACCAUGCUGGACAAUUCGACAAGAUUCUUCGCCUCCUCGAAAUAGGCGAAAAAAAUAUGGAAGAUAACCAAGAUCUGAGCCACCUGUUUUGCAUAUGUCAGCAGGCGUUGCGUGAUGUUUCGAAGCUUGCUGAUGAGCCGAACAAGUCGGCUUUGACUUCCGAAUAUGUUGACUUUGACAAGCUCUCAUGGCACAAGCUUUAUGCUAGAAUCAGGGUUGACCCUCCAAUCCCCCCUCACCCUCGUUUCCCUGAUGUUUCCAGAUUGCUUGGCUGGUUUGAAAGUUUACCAGUUGACCUGAUGGCCUGA